ACCUGCUCUUCUUUGAAGAAGAAGUCCGGACAUGAUUGACAUCUCGAGAACACCCGAAUUCUCCCAUUGUGGAAAUAUGAAUUCGGUUUCAUUCCACACGUCCUCUGAACAAGACUUGGACUGUAUCACAGGAGGAAGAAACAGGCACAGAUCUCAUUCCUAUUACAGCCCAGAGGAAAACAAGAACUGUGGUGUGCAGACGCAGACAGAGCAAACCUGUCCAAGACCUCGCUCAAGGUCUUUUUACAGUUAUGAGACACCAGAGCUUAGCAGCAACAAUGACGUGGGAAACUUCAACAGGUUCAGUCCUCUGAGGCAGAGAGCAAGUUCCCUACAACUACAUCAAAAGGAGAAUAAAGACAAGGAUGGAGCCGGUGUUCGAGUCAUAGCCAAGAAGUCCAAGUCUAAACCAAACAAGGUGUCACCCUCUGGAGAACUUAAUGGCAGUAAAGGCAAUCUCAAGUCAGUGUCGAUGAUAACUAUCUCCGAGUCGGACAACUGGGAGAUUAGUUCCAACUCGGGAAUGAAGUAUGGACAGUUUGUGGACUGGGAGAAGAUCGACCCUGAAGCUGCGCAAAGGUACCAGCAGAUCCUGAGGAGCGAGCACCAGCAGCUGAAAACUAUGGGCCGAGAGGGAUUCUGGGCCAUGCCGCACACACUGAGGGCCAAGGCUUACUAUCACAUCAUUCACAGCAUCAACUGCAGCAGGGCCAUCACCUCAGACAGAGAUGAUUACUAUGAUCUGGCUAAGAAGCUCUUUGGAGAACAGAAGAUCAGCCCCCACCCAGUCCCAGAGUACAUGGAGGGAGAAGAAAUACCCAGAUACUGUCUGAACAAAACUGGGCUGAACUCUGUUAAGAAGAUUCUUCUUUGCCUCGGGAAACACUUCCCGGACAUGAACUUUUGCCCCAUCCUGCCUGCGUUGGUCUCCCUCAUCCUCCACUUCAGCCAGGAUGAAGCCGAGUGUUUCUACAGCGUCUCCAGACUCAUCACUUACAAUGACCCCAACAAGCGUUACAUCGACCAGAGCUUCCUCAUGUACCGCGCCUCCUGUAUGACCUUUGGCGACCUUGCAAACAGGUGUUGCCGCGGCAUCCGUAAGCUCAUUGCUAGCUCUCAUCAAAACCUCUUUGAAUUUUACUCGGACUGGAUCAUGUGGAUUUUUGCUUACCUUCCCUUCACCUACGCCAUCAGAGUGCUGGACGUCUACCUCCUGGAAGGCUACAAGGUCCUAUACAGGGUGGCAUUGGCCCUGCUCGGCCUCUACAAAGUGUCCGUGUCGUCUCGAGUGGCCGACGUGGAGGACUUCAGAACGGACAUGAAAAGGUUCGUGCAGAACGUCGCUCGCCACUGCACGGUGGAGAAGCUUCUAGAGCAGGCUUUUGGGAUCCCGAUGGCCACGCGGAGAGAGCUCAACCUCCUGUUCAAUGCCAACAAGGACUCUCUCAUGCAAAAAGGUGUCAGCAUCCACCAGAACAGGCAGACGGUGGAGACAGUGGACUUCUCAAACUUCAGCUCCAGUGUUGUGACAGGGACCGAGAUGAGAGUCGUCUGGGCCUGGAUACCCGAGCGCUUUGCCCUUUUCAGUCCCAUUAGGCUGUUUAGUACGGCUGAACAUGGAAGAAGCCUCGCCUCACUCUAUUCUCAUGUGGAGGGACACGAACCAGCAGUGUUAAUGAUCAAAACUGUCGAUGAAGAGGUCUUUGGGGCCUUCCUGUCAACGGACAUGACAGAAAGAAGUAAACAUGACCAUGAGGGACUUACAUAUUUUGGAACUGGGGAAUGUUUUGUUUUCACGCUUCGUCCCAGCAUGGAGCACUACCAGGAGGCUAUGAUCAACAUCAUGACCAGAAGAGCUUCCCCACAGCAGGUUCGCAUCAGCAACAGCCCCCCCUCCCAGGUAUCCAUAAGCGGCAAGUCGCCAAUAACCUACGCUACAGCCACCACAAAUCUGACCUGUCCUGCCGGGACCCCCCAGGACCCAAGCUACCUGACCAUUCCCUUCACUGCCCCGUCAGAGGAGCCCACGACUGCUAAAGAGCCAAAGAGGCCCAAGGGACAACAAGCCUUCAUGUUCAUAGCAGGAAACGACCGAAAGCUCAUCAUUGGUGGCGAUGGGGGUCAUGCUCUCUGCCUGCAGGAAAACCUUGAGGGAGGAUACACAGAGCAUUGUGACACAUUCAAGAGCAUCCCACUCUGCAAGGGAUAUUUCAAGAUCCAGUCCCUGGAAGUGUGGGGCAUCCAGAACUCUAUUUCCUUUUCCCACUCUUCUCCCUCUCAGUAAAAAAAACGAAAAAAGAGAGCGAGAGAGAGGGAGAGUAGUAAAUGUGUAACGUUUGCCUCUCAAUGCAGAACCAGUUUUUGCUGAUGCUUUUUCAUUGGACUGGAUUUUUUUAUGUUAUUGUCUUAUUUAUUUUGAGAAAUGCUAAUUUCUGCACAUAUUGAGAGGCAAUGGAGGGAGAUUCGACUUGACUUGAUGUCUGCAAGUCAAGUUCAUUUGUAUAGCAUAUAUAACUGAGCUUUAAAAGCUUGCAUACACAGUUGUUCGCAUAAUUAUAAAGUGUUAGGAGUUAAAAGAAACUGAACCAAAACAAAACCCCUCAGCAUCUUAUCAGAGAUCGAAGGAUGAAACAUGAUAUUAAGUUAACAUGUUGAAGUAAUUACUUUGAACAUUAAAUUAAAUUGAAC